AUGAAAUACUCUUACACCUGGCUGGUUUUGCUGCCCAUUUUGUUUGGUUUUGCAGGUGGGAGACCUGUGUCACCUGGUACGUACAGUCUAUUCUCACUUAUUCUAAGGUUGUUUCAUGGUAGCGAGCUGUUCCUCUGUUCAGUUUAAAAUUAAUUCUUAGUUUUGAUUCAGAUGUCGUGCUUCUGCUGUACUUUUGUCGAAAUUAAUUCCUGAUUUGAGUUGGGCACUUGAAAACAAAGCUGUGUGCUUAUAUGCUCGCUUGUUUGUGCUUUCUAAACGUAGAAGUUGGAGAUGUAAAGCUACGCAAAAAAGCGAGAAAAAAACCACUAACCUCUUACCAACCGAGCACAGGGGCUGUGCUGAGGAAUAUUGGCCUGAGGUCAGGCCAAAAUUCCCCAGUACCGCCCGAGCAAACGAGGUUAGUAAGUAUUUUGUGAAAUUGCUCUUGAACAUACUUAAAUGUUUUAAAUUUGCCGUAUUUUGCGAACGAAAAGACACGCCUUAUGGCCAUUUCCGUGGAAAAGGUCCGUAUGGCAAAAUCUCGGCAAAGGAAGAACCAGUCAGAACGUUCGAAUAAAUCCUCAAUACUACCUUGCCAUAAGAUAAAAGAAGGUAUUAUUGUUUGACGUGCAGAUAAUUGCAGUAAUCAGAAAAAAUUCACAGAUGUGACCCUUGCCCUGAAAACAUGUCAAACAUUUCAAGCAAAUAAAAGACUAAGAUAAUGGACGAAUCGAAAAUCAGAAAAUAGCGAGAGCGGGUAAACAAAAAUUUAAAAUAAAAACCUAAACUUUUAACACCAUAACAUGAAUAUUUAAAUCCUUCACACUGUUAUCCGUACAUUUCCCAUGGUACUGACAAGGAGAAUGUGUUUGGUGAUCAAAAGCUCCUUGAAUCGGUGAUCAUUUCGUUUAUUCUCCUGGCCUCAGUGUUUAAUUAUAUUGUCAAACUUUAACUAGAAACCAGUUACUCUUGGCGGAUAAAAUGGUACUUUGAAAUGCACAAAACGACUAAUUUGAUUCUGUUCUUUCUUAUUUCAGACUGUGGAAUUCAGUGUGUCGGUUCUCUACCUCAGUGUAACCUUCCAGGACUAUUCGGUUUCCCAAAAUGCGCCAUGCAGCUUGACAAGUGUAAGUUCAGCAAGCCGCGCCCAUUCAGACCAGGGGUGAUUUUGCUUGGUGAACCUGAGUGUUAUUAG